AUGGCCGUGGCGCGGGAGCCGCCGCCGCUCGCCCCCCCGCUGCCGGCCGCCGCCAUCCCCUCCUUCGCCGUGGCCCGCGGUCUGGUGGGGCGCCGCUACUCGUGCCUGGUGGUGGCGCCGCACCGCAGGCACGUCGCGCUGGCGCCGCGCUACCUGGGCCGCAAGCGCACCGGCAUCCGCGCCCAGCUCGACGCUGAGCUCCUGCGCUACUCGGAAAGCCUUCAGGGUGUGCCGGUGGCUUACGACAACAUCAGAGCGGUGGGUGAGCUCGGGGACAUUUACGACGACCAAGGAUUCAUCCACCUGAACAUCGAGGCGGACUUCGUCAUCUUCAGCCCCAAGAAAGGGAAAAAACUGGUGGGUGUAAUUAAUAAAGUGGCCCCUAGUCAUAUUGGCUGUCUGAUACAUGGAUGCUUCAAUGCUUCUAUCCCUAAACCUGAACAGAUGUCGAUUGUACAGUGGCAAGAGCUGGGGUUAAAAAUAGGGGAUGAACUGAAAUUUCAAGUAUUGCACUUGGAUUCUGAUGCAGCUGGGGUGUUCUUCAUUCGAGGAGGACUCACUAAAAGCAGCAUGCGGCCCAAACAAUCUGAGACUGUCACUGACAGUACAAAUGGAGAUGAAAUUCAAAAGCUUGACCAGCAGGAAAAUGGCUUCAAUGACUGUGGGGGAGAUAAUGAGCCUUUAGGUGAGACGGGUAACACUGGGAGGGAAAAUGCAGAAGAUCAAAGUGUUGAUGCUGUGAAUGGAGUAUGUGAUGAUAAAAACAAGAAGAAGAAGAAGAAGAAAAAGCAUAAGCAAGAAGAACAGGAACAUGUGUUGCCAACCAGUGACUCCAGUGGUUACCAAAGUGACCAUAAAAAGUCAAAGAAAAAGAAAAGAAAGCAUUGUGAUGAAGUUGAAGAAAGUGAAUUAUCUCAGCUGUCACAAGAACCUAAAGCUAAAAAGAAAAGGGACUAAAGUCUGAAGUGCCUUUCCUGAAUAAGAUUUCAGACAUUUUUGAUAAGCUUCCAAUAAAAUCCUGUUUUCAAAAUGUA